GCUAACCCUUUCGUCCUUCUGCAUUUGCUCUAUUCGAUCGAGCUGGACAACAAAUACACACUCUUUGCCCUCUGGUUGCUGGGUUGCUCCUAUCACCACGGAAAUAGCUACGCUUUGGUUGCAGAAGUUGAAUCAUCGAAAUUUUCAAUCAAAGCGCUGUUGAUUGUCAGCGCAAAAUGCCAAAUAUCGUGAUCAGCGAAGAUGUUUUUUCCACAUUAUUGAAACGAAUCGAGCGCCAAUAUACUGGAAGUAGAAAUGGUCGCAAUGCUUGGUCCCAUCUGUCCACACGGCAAGAGUGGACACAGCGACCUCCCGACGAGUCAGCCUAUGCCCUCGGAAAGGGCCUAGCUCGUUCCUUUUUGGAUCUGUGUGCAUCGGCAACAUCUCCCACCAUAUCCAACGGGGUCCAGGAAGAGCUAUUUAUUUUAUUUGCCAACCGAGAUGUCAAUCCAGCUGUAUGCCAGGGUUUUUUUGAAAACCUCUUACAGCCGGAUGAAAAAGGACGUUUUAUGGAUUUGGAUGCCUUUUUUCCGGCUUGUAUAUUGCUUACGGAACAGAAUGAAGUGAAACGACAAAGCAGCUACUUAGAAGAAGAUGAUAGUGUCGGAACGCACUUUGAUCCACUGACGAGCAUGAUUCGAUCAUAUGCAGAUUAUACUUGUAAGAAAUUCAUAAGUGAUAGAAAUAGCAGCUUUGCGUUGCUGGACGAUACAUCGUCAUCAUCUCACAUAGGACUGAUUGCAAAGGCGUAUUCCAAGCUCCGAACACAAGCAGCACGCUUAGCAAUGUUGCGAGACUUUACGGAUGUAGCAUUUGAAGCGGGAAGAACUUCUAAUGGCUCCCAGACAGUCUACCGUUACAUGCUGAACCCCCUAUUGGCGUGCAGUGUCUUGUCCUCGAAGACAGGCAGGUCGGAUGGCGGUGAUUCAUCGAUGGUUGAAUCAGUGUUGUGUAUGGAAGGGAUAUGGAGACAGAUUUAUUCCUUGGUCGAAGAUGUGCCAACAGCGAAAGAGGACGACUGCGUGUCUUUGUAUACAUUAAUGGAUGCCAUCGAGUGGCUAACAGAAACGCUCAACUUGUUCCUGCUGUCCAUUCCUGGGCACAAGCGGCACCUUAAGAUUCCUUGCAAGGAACUUGCACAUCGAUGGCUAUCUGUAGUCCUCGACGUAGGGGUGUUUCUCGCACAAUCGCUGGAGGGAGACAAUAACAAGCAGUUACAGCGAUCAAUAGUGGAUUGGUUCGACAAUAUUCUGUCGAAGAGUUUGCUUCGGUGGUUUGCAGCCGUGCCAUCGUACCGCAUAAGGAUGCAUCCAUUUUGGAGCUCUCUCCGAAAACUAAUGGCAUUAUAUGGAUCAAAGUGCAUGCUGAGUCUCGAGUCUACUUUGAAGCUUGCAACCAUUUGCAUCUGUCAUCCUGUAAAGGAAGACGUGAAAGAGAUCUUGGGCCUCUUUGCACUAGCCGUUGAAAACAGCCAACUACUCCAUCCUAUUUGUUUCUCGAUACUAAAAGGACUAGGAUUGAUAUUUUCAACAGACGAAAUCUGUGCAGCAAAUACCAAAAAUUUGUUGUAUGCAUUGUUGCAGACAAAUCAAACCGAAAAUAAGAUCACUACAUCCGAAAGGUCCACCGCCGUUCUAGUGAAUAUGAUUCAACUCUUUGAAGACGGGAAUUCAACGGAUGCAAUUAUGUCGUACUUUUUACCCAACGACAACGAGGUGUUCGAUCACAAUCGUGCAUUUACACCUAUUCAACAAGCUGGAUCGCUCGUGUUGUACGGUAUCGGUCUCUUGAACGAAGGCACAGACCAUCACCUGACUCCAUACGCAGUUCUUAGAAAGCUUUUGCUGGCCUACCCUCAUUUAGGGAUAACCUUUUUGCCAGUUAUUGUCAAUCGUAUAAAUACUGCUGCUGUGCGAGGCGUUGGCUGUUUUAUGAUGGAACAAAUCGAACUUCUUGCCGACGUUGUUGUUCGCCAUCCACAGUGCGCGCGCGAGAUUUGGAAUCUUUUGGGCAAGGAAUUCAUGCGUGAAGGCGUUCCUGCCAUCAUUCGGUCCUCGAUCAUUCGUUUCUACCCAAAGAUUUGUCAAGGCAAUAAAAAGUUAUACAAGCGAGUGAUUGAAUCAAUGGGAAAUACACUUGUGAACUCAAAUAGUAAUGAUGGGAACGAUAACGAUAACUUGGAGAUCCGCCUCGCAAUUGCUGCAAGCACUUCAGAUCUUGCUCGGGAUGACCUUAUUCGCGAUCCGACUGAUAUCAUUAGCUGGUUACAGGAAUUUAUUACCGAUACUGGUUGGGUUCGAUCAGUAUCCACAAUGCAUCUCCAAAAGGAUGAUCACGGCAAAGCAGCAGUGGCCCAUUUCUCGAUCCAGGCUCUACACUUUUUGGUAAUCGCCCAAGAACUAGAUUUCAAGCUAGUCCUUGUAGUUCUUAGGAAGAAAUUGUGCGACGUUCAUAACCUGGAUGAAAUAUCUAAGCUGCCACCCAUAGUGUUAGAAUCUCUAAUAAUACUACUGGGGGACGGUGAAUCCGACGAGGACGAUAGUAGCGACGACGAUGAUGAUUGUCUCAAGGCAAUCGGCAUACCUAGCCAAACCUCUAGAUCGGUCGAAACUUUGAUUGGCCUUUGGAACCACAACUGUCUUAAAUCGGAGCAUUUUUCAGAUCCCACUGUGAAGGCCACAAUUUUUAGGUGCAAACGAAACGUACUGAAGUCGCUUGCCAGAUACUCGUUCGAAGCACUAGGGUUAGACGAGGAGGGAGUUCAGAACGCAAUUGCUGCAUUCAGUAGCGAGGAUAAUGAGAAGUCGCAUCGAAUAACUCCAGGUGGAUCGCGAUACAAUGCUUUGAACUAUCUAGUGAGCGAUGGCAUUGCAUUUUUAUCGACAUUGAAUCGGCACAACCGCAUUCGCUCUACUGAUUUUCAAGGAGACUUGAACAGUGACAUUGUCACUGAUUUUUCCGUCACACUAUCUACUUUCAUAUCGAAAAUUAUGAAGUUCGAAGAGGACACGCUGGGAUCCACUUUGUGGCAAAAACGACAGAGUGCGGGUCAAAGAGAGAGAAAACCUAAGUCAAAAAGAAAAGGAAGCAGUCAUAGUUCAAAACUUUCAGAAGCGCUUCCUUCCCCAAAAAGUGUCUUGGAUAUUUACGAGGAACAAAGAUGUCAAGCAUCUUCUCUAGGCGCUUUGUCGUCUUUCGAGGAAAUUUCAAAAUCUCUUCUUUUUGACUUGGCAACGGAUGUCACAAGUGAUCCAUCUGAUGCCAUAUUUCAAACCAUUUAUGUUCAAUCCUGGCUGAAUGCUGCACGAAGCCUUUUAAAUCAUCUGAUUUCGCAACGAUCAAUUUCAAAAUCUCUUGAAAAUUUAUUGAAUGACAUCGAAGAAUGGCGUUCACACAAUUCAGAUUCUAUGUUCAUGAUGCUAUCAUCCAUUGCAAUAUUGAUUCCAACUGUUCUUGGACCUUAUGGGGAUUUUAGCUCCUACAUGCAAGACAUUUCGAAAGAAGUAUGGGAAGCAUACAAUUCGCGUAUGUUCGAAGAUUCGGAUGUCGCAAAGCUUUGUCUUGGUUUUGUUGGGAUAUGUGAUUUAUCUUUAGGUAAUUGUGACCGGUUGCUGCAAAUUGUUCGUAUUUUAGAGAAAACUGCGACUGGAUAUGGUGGUUUGCCAAGUUUUGGUGCGUAUUAUGCACUUGCAUGCAUGGCUAAAAGAUGCGCGACUUCAGGUAGAAAUGAAGCAAUCUACGCUAAGGCGAAUACCGAUCUCAGUAAAAUAGCUGGAAGAAUUCUUAUUUUUCUCAUCAAUGAGUUAUCGAAAUGCAUCAAGGGAACCAAUGUGGCUAUCGGCAUUCUGACCACUGCUAUAAGAAAUGAAAUGAUAAAUCCUGAGGAAACGGAAUCCUUGAAUGAUUUGAAGGGGGAGUCAAUCAAAUUCAACGAAUCGAAAAGACGGACAUCCAGAGCUUUAUUUAUAGCUCUUGGAAUCUGUCUACCCAUGGUUACAAAAAGUAACGAUAGAUUACUUCCUCCAAUAAUUUCUUUUCUCGAAAGCCUUGAAUGGGGGUACGGAGUCGGUUUGUGCGUCGGCCCGGUGCUUCGUGCUUGUCACGAAAGCAGGAUACUGGACGACAAGGGAAUGAAGCAAAAAAUCGAUGCGUAUUCCAAAAUAUUCAAAGAGGGCAUUGACCGAGGAAUUAACGUGCUGCACGACAUUUUGUAUGCGUUAACGACACUUCAAUCAAAGAGCGCUUCGCAUUCAAUUGAAAAAAUACGAAUGACAGAAGAAGAGGGAGCCCGAUGGUCGAUGUCGAUCGUGAUAGCCGUCUCAUCCAUUGCAUUUAUUCCUUGCUUAGGACACGGAAUUUUCAUUACAGAUUCUCCGUGCUUGAAGGAUGAUGUAAAUGAUGCUGUUAUUGCUGAUCUGGUACAAUUUUUGUCUGAAGAAAAUGCUGACAUGGCGAUAGUCAUGCGUGGGUUUUUGGCUUCUUUAGCGAACUUUAACGGAUCAAAAGAUAGUUCCAGAAUUGACGCCGAAGAGCGUUUAAGUGGAACAAAACUCCCUGAGGCACAUUUUGGAACUGCAUCAGAAAUUCUCAUGUCUUCUCUUCGCAUCUAUAUCAACAACCAAGACGAGAUUGGCCUCGUGCCAUUGUUGAAAUGUCUGGAGGCCAUCGCCUUGCCAGAUCAGUUUUCCGUGCUUGUUGAAACUUUGGUCAAGGGUGAAGAGUCUACUAAAACUGCAUGCAUGAAAUUAUUAGUUUCUCAAAUUAGUGGGCGCCCUCGAGCUGUCUUUGACGGUCGUGACUUCAUCAAGUUGGCAUUAAAGAUUUGUAAGAUGCCCGUUAUGUCUAUUCAAAGUAUACUCGGUAAUGCAGAGGCUGCGGAGAUAUUUAUCGAUUCAUUUGGAGAAAUGCUGACGAAAUUCAUAUCACAGGAAGUGGAGACAGUGAUAGAAAACGUUUUCCAAUUUUGUAUCAGUCAAGUUGAUCAGAAUUAUAAUUUGAUUAUAUCUCUUUUGCAGUCAAUCAAGCUCAUCCUACAGCAAGCGGAGAAGGAUAAAUCUCCAAGAUUCUCUCCAAAGUGCCUGAAUUCCAUCAACUUAUUUCUGCAGCGAAAAUCGUUUUCUGCUAUCCACGAUGCUACUUCGAACGAAACGAUGAAUGUGCCACCAAACCAGAUCACGAGGAUUGUCGAUGCAUACGCUGACUGCAUUGUUUUCAUUCCCGAGUCUUUGUUGAUUGAAAACAAUAACCAACUAUUUGAUACUCCAGAUGACAUUGGUUUUGCUGGAGAAGUUUUGCGUGUUCGAGUAAUGAUGAAUUUAAUUCGGAAUGGGCGUUGUUCGUUUUUCUCUCAUUCAUACCAAGAAGUCGCUUCGUCCAUGGCGUGGUUAAGCCAGCAAGUUAUUGCAUGCAGGGAAGGUGCAUUGUCACCAGCGCUGCUACACGUUKCGUGUGCAAUCGCUGAAGCCAGCUCGAAGGAAGCUGCCGACAAGAAAAGAGAUAUACUCGUUUCUUAUCUUGAUAAUCUUUUGAUGGUCGACUCGCGUGCAAGGUUUGUAUCUCUAGAGAUUCUUUCUGCUCUAGUCUUUCAAUGGUGCCAGGGCUCUGCAUCGGAUGGUGAUCUUUCGUUGCUUCAAACUCUCGGACCGUCUGUUGAGAAGUGGGUAGACCUACGGCCGGAAGUGACGAAGAAAAUUUUCCAGAUUGCGGUUCACGAUUUACCCUUCAAUCUAGCGAAGUUUGCAAGGGAUGGAAAUCUUUCUGGUGUAAUUUUCAAUAGGCUUUGGAGGAUUUAUACAAAAUGGUUACAUCAAGGAACUGAUGAAUCAACAUUGACUGCACUAAGGUUGUCUCUAUUGUGCUGUCGUGACAUGGAAACCGUGACAAAUCCAACAGAUAUGACCAUGUUGGUGAACUCUCUUGUCUAGUAAAGGACACAUCAUAGAGAUAAUUGUUGAUCCGAAACAGUCUAGAAUAAGAGCUUCCUACCUAUGAUACUUAGAAGCCCCCAUGUCGGAUUGCCAUGUACGCCUUCGCUAGAUCAUCAGUCUGCGUGUCUAUCAGAACAAGAUCUGCAGGAUUGGUGACUAUAUCGAUCGAACGCGAUUGAGGGAGCUGCUCUCUAUUAUUAGCGCAUUGAAGAAUCAGAAUCUGCACCUUUUCAAUUGCACGGUGGAAAAAAUGAAUCGUACGCAAUUCGGAUAGAGAUAAUAUUGUCGAAUAUAUCUGCGGAAGGUUCAAUCCAGACUUCCCAGACAGCAGCGUUGGAAUAUCGACAUUCUUAUAAUUCUUGUAUCCUUGCGAGAGCUUUACCAGAUCCAGCUUGAAUUUCUCUAAUGCUUCGAUUUCUUCGGUGUAAGAAGCCUCUUCAUUUUCAUCCAGUACUUCAGACUCAUUUUUUUCAACGCCGUAGAGGUCCAUAAAGUCAUUUCCUUCUUCUUCGACGCCACCGUCGUUGUAAUUGUCGCAUUCGUCUAGAAAAGAUUCAAAAUCAUCGUCGGCGGGAACUUCUGAACAUUGGGUCCGAACACCACUCGUUGCUUGAUCUUCGUUGAAAUAUUCUUCCAGUGUCGCUGCAAAACUACCAUAAGAAUAUGACUUCGGACCUGCACGGAGCGCAACUGUCUUUCUUCCAGAAUUUCCACUGUUCUCGUCGUCUUGACCGAUUCGAAACUCCAAAACAUCGUUCGAACUACCAUCUGGCUCCAGAUUUUCUGGUAUACAAAAACCAUAGUUCAGGAGCAACUGGGCGUUGGAUUUCGCUCCGUAGGUCAAUCGGAUCGAUUCACCUACUUCAAUAUCAAUCGUCGAUGUUACUACCAAGACUCCUUCGUCAGCAUUGUACUGGUAUGACACAUUUUUCUUUUGCAUCUUGCUCGUAGCUUUCCCUCUGGUGUGAUUGCCAAGGUCCAAAAGUGGUACUAAAGCAACAUCUUCGUUAGUGCUUCCGAUUUGAAAAGCACGCGAAGUAAUUACUGCUAGCAUGUCGCUAAACAUUUCAAAAGAAGGGAAUGAAGAAUUAUCGUUUUCUAGUUGGCGAUAUCUCUUCAACAACGUAUCAUAGUCUUGUGCGACCCCCUUUUUGUCGGCUACGACACGCCUCAACAGCGAUGUCCCGCCUAAGAGAUCUUGUAUGCUUUUGUCGGACCAUCGCCGCGGCAAGGAAUCAAAGGUAGAAGAAUCCGGAAGAGUGUGCAAGUACAGGAAACUUUCGGGAGAUUGACAUGAUGCCAACGCAACUGCAAUCGAAAGAUCCGCCACGGAAUUGUUCCAUUUGAUUCUGCUUCCGUCACUUGGUUGCUUCGUAAUAUCUUCUAACCAGGGUUGGCACAUAGACAGGGCUCGAUUUUUUGUAAUAAAGUUUUGUGCAGGAAUCCGAAACACAAGGUCACCUUUACACACUUUCUGGGUGACGGACAACAUGCGGUCCUCUUCCCCGAACUCGAGAGCGGCAUGGACAAAUCCUUUAUUCGCCUCAAUUUCAUCACACAGCAGUGACCACCAUUCGCACCGCUUCCGCUUUGUCAUGAUUGCCAAUGGUCCAGCGAUGGUCAGCAAACGGCAAGAUUUAGGAAAUCGUGUCUCGUCGACGGUUCGGGACCAGAGUAUCGGUACUGAAUAAUUUUGUCGCUGCUACUUUUUGGUUGAUCGUUGUGGAGCGAGAGCUAUUUUUUUAUCUUUGGGACCCCGUAAGUUGCUCUUGUACUGUAUCCUUUGAUCAAUGCAUGAUGCUCAUCAACCGCCAACGCAAUGGAUGAAUACGAUUCCGUUGGCCAUGAUCUGUUUUAAGGGGAACGUCGAAACCUACCAGUAGCUGGAACGUACUGUAACGGCCGGUACGGUACUGUACCUGGUACAGUACCUUACAAUAAAUUACAAUAAAUCAU